AUGUAAAAUGUAAAACAAAUGAGGGAAAAAUAUGAAAACAUCAAAUAACUCAAUCCAAAUAGAGAUGUUAGUUCGAGGUCAUUUCAUAGUCAUACACCUUCGAAAGAGCAAUAUCAAGUUGCGUUUUCUAGUGGUAAAAAGUCAAUCGAUUAACCAAAUGUAUCGAUUGGAAAAACUUUGUUAUGUAGUCCUUGCUAUAACAAAAGGCUAUUGAAUAAAUCAUAAUAGAAUAAAAAGCAAGAAUCUGAAUUGGAGAAAAGGUUGUUGAUGAAAUAAAUGGAACAAAAUCAAUUAAGAGAAUAAUAAAAGAUUAAUUUUGAAGUUGGCUAAUUGUCACUUAGAAAGUAAAUGGAGUAAUAAAAUCUAAACAUUUCGAAAGAAUUAUUGGAUUUAAAUAAAGAAAAGGAAAGACAACUUAAAGAGUAAGAAAUAUAACAAUAAAACUUAAUUAUAAAAUAAAAUUAAGAAAUUUUGUAUAAAGAAAAAAUUGAAAAAAAAAAAAAAUAGCAUAGUUUGCAUCAAGAACUUUCAAGCCAAAUUGAAUAACAAAAAAGAUUAAAACAAAUGGAAUACAUGUCUUAAUCUAUGGAAUUUGAUGAUCCUUAUUGGAGAAAUCAAGCGUAUGAGGAAAAAGAAUAACAAAGGAGAAAAAAUUAUCAAAUGAUGUAUAAUAAUAAUCACUGGUAAAAUCAUGAAAAAGAAUAAUACAAGAAAUAAUAACAGGAAAGAUCCUUAAAAAAUAAAGAAAUUGAUGAAAGAAUUAAGACGUUAUAAGAAUAUCACAAUUAAUUAGAAUAAGAGAAAAUAGAGAAAUAAUAAAUUUAACAUUAACUGAUUUUAGAUUUAAAUGCAUAAGUAAAGCUUAAAAAAACAAAAUAAAAAGCUAUCAAAUUAAUUGAUUAACAAAAAUAGCGUCAAAGAGACUAAGAAAUUAUGUAAUAAGAAAAACUAAGAAAAUAUUAAGAAAUUUGUCAUAAAAAGAAGGUAAGCUAAGAAAUUAUUGAAAGUCUCAACAAAUAAAUCGAAAUGUAAAAAUAAUUAAAUCCUAAGUAAUAACAAGAAUAAAUUAAAAGUGAUUUUUAUAUAUUAAAACCUGUAGUAGAAAAGUAAACUAUAUCUUGCGCUGAUUGUAAAAAAUAGUAGGUCCCACAAUAAUUAAGUUAUGCUUGA